AAUAAUGAAAUAAAGCAAACGCUUUGCCCGCCAUUUUAAUUGAUCGUAGUAAAUCUGUUAUCAUCUACAUCCAUGGUUAUUACUUGUUCAGUUGAUUCAGAUUCUCUAUGUGUUGAGUGCGUCGGUCAAUCGUGAAUUUGUGGAGGAGGAAGAGUUUGUUUAAUUGAUCUGUGUAAAAGAAGCAAUAUUUGUAAAGUAGUGCGCCGAAGGCUGUAAGUCAUGGAUUCAAUUCCACGAACCCACGAAGACAUCGAGGCCCAGAUCCGUGAAAUACAAUCGAAAAAGAAGGAGAUACAGAAUACGCUAACUGAAAAAGAGCAAGUGGGGUUGGGAAAGACUGGAUUCUAUGAUCAGGACAUAUAUGAUGGUACCAACAACAAAUACGAUGGUUAUGUCACUUCUAUCGCAGCUAAUGACGAGGUCGAGGAUGAAGACUAUGAACCAAGUACAUUCAGUCAAAGCAAGAGACCAGGUUACAAUGCUCCGGCGGCGUUGCUUAAUGACGUUGCUCAGAGUGAAAAGGACUACGAUCCGUUCGCUGAUAGACGGCGGCCGACAAUUGCGGACAGAGAAGAUGAAUACAGGCAAAAGCGGCGACGUAUGAUCAUCUCACCAGAACGUGUUGAUCCAUUCGCCGAAGGCGGUAAGACUCCAGAUGUCGGCUCAAGGACUUACACAGAGAUCAUGCGCGAGCAGUUUCUUAAAGGAGAAGAAUCUGAGUUGAGAAAAAAAUUAGUGGAAAAAGCUAAAGACGGUACCUUGAAAGCCAAUGGAGAGCCGAAGCCUGCACCUAAAAAACGAGGUCGUUGGGAUCAAACCGAGGACACGCCUGUCGCGAAAAAACCAGCCGGUACAGCAGCUACUCCUACAUCCUGGGAUAACGCUGAUGUUACACCAGCUGCCAUAAGAUGGGAUGAAACUCCUGGCCAUGGCAAAGGUGGUGAAACUCCAGGAGCUACUCCUGGGGUUAGCACAAGAAUGUGGGAAGCUACUCCAGGUCAUGCUACACCAGGGGCAGUGACUCCAGGGCGUGAAACACCAUCGCACGACAAAGUCGCAUCUAGCCGUAGAAAUCGUUGGGAUGAAACUCCAAAAACUGAAAGAGAAACUCCUGGGCAUAAUAGCGGGUGGGCGGAAACACCAAGAACAGAUAGAGUUGCCGGUGAUUUAAUACAAGAAACACCUACACCGUCAGCCAGCAAACGGCGCAGUCGUUGGGACGAAACACCUUCUAAUCAAACACCUGGAUCUAUGACUCCGCAAACGCCUGCCACGCCGCUGACGACACCUCAUCAAAGUUCUAUCUUAACACCCAGUGGUGUAACACCUACUGGACCCAAAGCAAUGGGACUAACGACACCCACACCUGGUCACUUGAUGUCUAUGACUCCCGAACAAUUGCAGGCUUAUCGUUGGGAGCGUGAAAUUGACGAACGUAACCGACCUCUGUCGGACGAUGAACUUGAUGCCAUGUUUCCCCCGGGUUACAAAGUACUUCAGCCACCUGCAGGGUAUAUUCCAAUUCGUACUCCAGCAAGAAAGUUGACCGCUACUCCGACGCCGAUAGCAGGCACACCGCAAGGAUUUUUCAUACAGCAAGAAGAUAAGAGUGCCAAGUUCGUUGAUAAUCAACCCAAAGGCAACCUUCCCUUCAUGAAACCGGAGGAUGCUCAAUACUUCGACAAGCUUUUAGUUGACGUUGACGAGGAAUCUCUCAGUCCUGAGGAACAGAAAGAAAGGAAGAUUAUGAAACUCCUGCUCAAAAUAAAGAACGGUACUCCGCCAAUGCGGAAGGCAGCGCUCAGACAAAUUACAGAUAAAGCUCGGGAGUUUGGAGCAGGUCCUCUAUUCAAUCAAAUUCUACCACUUCUCAUGUCACCCACAUUAGAGGAUCAAGAGCGACAUCUUCUUGUUAAAGUUAUCGACCGCAUUCUGUACAAAUUAGACGAUUUAGUCAGACCGUACGUGCACAAAAUCCUCGUUGUAAUUGAACCAUUGCUGAUUGAUGAAGAUUACUAUGCUCGAGUAGAGGGUCGAGAAAUCAUUUCAAAUCUGGCGAAGGCCGCUGGAUUGGCCACAAUGAUUUCCACAAUGCGACCUGACAUCGACAACAUUGAUGAAUAUGUGAGAAACACAACGGCUAGAGCAUUUGCUGUUGUUGCUUCUGCACUUGGAAUUCCAUCUUUACUACCUUUCUUGAAGGCUGUGUGUCGCAGUAAAAAAUCAUGGCAAGCUCGCCACACCGGUAUUAAAAUUGUCCAGCAAAUUGCAAUUCUUAUGGGAUGUGCUAUCUUACCGCAUCUGAAGAGCUUGGUAGAAAUUAUUGAGCAUGGUCUUGUGGAUGAACAACAGAAAGUUCGAACCAUUACAGCGUUGGCCAUAGCUGCAUUGGCUGAAGCCGCUACUCCCUACGGUAUUGAGAGUUUCGAUUCCGUCUUGAAGCCCUUGUGGAAGGGUAUUCGUACUCACAGAGGAAAGGGAUUGGCAGCGUUUUUGAAAGCAAUUGGGUAUUUGAUUCCGCUUAUGGACGCCGAGUAUGCAAACUAUUAUACUCGUGAAGUGAUGCUUAUUUUGAUCAGAGAGUUUCAAUCUCCUGACGAGGAGAUGAAAAAAAUUGUCCUGAAAGUUGUUAAACAAUGUUGCGGUACAGAUGGUGUUGAAGCUCAGUAUAUAAAGGAUGAGAUACUUCCGCAUUUCUUCAAACACUUUUGGAAUCAUCGUAUGGCUUUAGAUCGCAGAAAUUACAGACAGUUGGUAGAUACCACAGUCGAAAUAGCAAAUAAGGUUGGUGCAUCUGAGAUAAUAAACAGAGUAGUCGACGAUCUCAAAGAUGAGAAUGAACAGUACAGAAAAAUGGUCAUGGAAACAAUUGAAAAAAUAAUGGGCAAUUUGGGAGCCGCCGACGUCGAUUCUAGAUUAGAAGAGCAACUAAUUGAUGGCAUUCUUUACGCAUUCCAAGAACAGACAACUGAGGACGUUGUAAUGCUCAAUGGAUUUGGAACUAUAGUCAACACUCUCGGUAAAAGAGUAAAAGCUUACUUGCCGCAGAUCUGCGGUACGAUUCUCUGGCGUCUCAAUAAUAAAUCCGCCAAAGUACGUCAGCAAGCCGCGGAUCUCAUCUCACGAAUUGCUGUUGUUAUGAAGACAUGUCAAGAGGAAAAACUGAUGGGUCACUUGGGUGUCGUGUUGUACGAAUAUCUUGGGGAAGAAUAUCCCGAAGUAUUGGGAAGUAUUUUGGGUGCCUUGAAAGCUAUUGUGAACGUUAUAGGUAUGACAAAAAUGACGCCACCUAUCAAAGACCUGUUGCCUCGUCUGACGCCAAUUCUGAAAAAUAGGCACGAAAAGGUACAAGAGAAUUGUAUUGAUUUGGUAGGAAGAAUCGCUGACAGGGGACCUGAGUAUGUUUCCGCACGAGAGUGGAUGCGAAUCUGUUUUGAAUUAUUGGAAUUACUCAAAGCGCAUAAAAAAGCAAUUAGAAGAGCUACAGUCAACACCUUUGGAUACAUCGCGAAGGCUAUUGGGCCCCAUGACGUUUUGGCAACGUUACUCAACAAUCUUAAGGUUCAAGAACGACAAAAUCGCGUUUGCACAACAGUCGCCAUUGCUAUAGUUGCGGAGACUUGUAGUCCUUUCACAGUUUUGCCAGCAUUGAUGAACGAGUAUAGAGUUCCCGAGCUUAAUGUUCAAAACGGUGUCUUAAAAUCGCUUUCCUUCUUAUUUGAAUAUAUUGGCGAAAUGGGCAAAGAUUAUAUAUAUGCUGUUAGUCCACUACUGGAGGAUGCCCUUAUGGACAGGGAUCUAGUACACAGACAGACUGCUUGCGCUGCAAUCAAGCACAUGGCGUUAGGAGUUUACGGCUUUGGCUGUGAAGAUGCUCUGAUCCAUCUGUUGAAUCACGUAUGGCCAAAUGUUUUUGAAACCUCUCCUCAUCUGGUCCAGGCCUUCAUGGAUGCUGUAGAUGGUCUCCGCGUCGCAUUGGGCCCAAUAAAAAUCCUUCAGUAUACAUUACAGGGGCUAUUUCACCCAGCUAGAAAAGUUCGAGACGUCUAUUGGAAAAUCUAUAAUUCUCUUUAUAUUGGUGGGCAGGAUGCGCUUGUAGCCGGGUAUCCACGGAUUUUAAAUGACCCGAAGAACCAAUACAUUAGGUACGAAUUAGAUUAUGUUUUAUAACUAACAUUAUUCGAGAUGUAAUCUAUAAAUUAUUUUAUCAAAUCGCAACGUGGCGACUUGUGCAAGAGUCUCUGCCGAAUUUGGUGAUUAAUCACAGUUUAUAAAUUGCACUUGGCAUAAUAUCUGUAACAAUGAAAUCACACUCUAAUUUGUAUAUGUAAAAUGGGAACCCAAAACUCAUCAAUAAAAAUGACGACUGUAUUUGAAAUUGAAA